AUGCAUUUAACGCCACUCGCUUGUCGGCGCUGUUUGGACAGGAUAUUCUCCAACAAUAUCAAUUUAUUGUCUUCUAAAAUGGUCACGAUUGAAUCUCAUCAUCAGAUUUCGCAUUACACCAGCUCAUUUAAAGGUAGAAUCAGGAGGAUUUUGGAAUUCAAAGUGCUCGGUUUCUGGAGAAAAAGAAUAGCUGAUAAUAUGGCAAAUCGGUUUUACUCUGAACGUGUAAUAACAAUGGGACCUGAUUUUUCCUGUGCAGAAUGGCUAAUGAAUGCGGGAGCCACAUCAAUUCUUUUAUCUGAUGGAACGAUUAUAAAAUCGCAAAAAGAAAUGAGGUUAUUUCUGAAGAAUCAUGGCUUUGACAUAAACAAUCUACAGAUGGUGGCCCCUGAAACCAAAAUUGUCGAGGAAUUUUACUCAAAAAAUAAACGUCAGUCCUCAAUCAACAAUGAUAUCAAAUAUGAUGAAAGAUGGAAACAUGUCUCACCUAUUCACAUUAAAGAGAUUGACGCAUCUGAUGCAGUAAUUACUGACAGAGGUUUCAAUUAUCUUCAAGAAUGCAAAUGCAUUGAGUCCUUAAAAUUAAACUUUAAUGAAUAUUUUGGCGAUGAAGGUCUUUUACAACUUUCAUGUGGACGAAUACCUAGAACAUUGCGUAACAUGGAAAUUUGUUUUAACCCAGCGUUAACUGAACGUUCAGCUUUAAUAUUAUCCAAGUUUCGACAACUUAAACGUCUUCAUAUGUAUUUUCUUCCAAAUGUUAGCAAACGAGAAGCGAUGUUGCGACAACUGAAAAUUUCACUUCCUCACUGUAAAAUAACAUUUCCUGAGCCUUUCUUUAUUGGGAUGGGUUAUGAAUCAGAAGAAGAGAGGGCUGCUUACAAAAGAAUUGAAAAACAGAAAAAGAUUAAUGAUCCAAAGAAAAAACGGUGGAGUGGAUCGUGA